AGCAUCACCAUCCGCACUCGGCAGGGCAAGGACUUGCCCAGAUGUUUGAGCUUCCUGUGCCUCCCGUCUCACCCCCUGCCCCAGCACCCCGUCUUCCGCCCCUUUCCUUUGGGGAGCCAGCCCAGCCUCCAGGUGGAGGUGUCCUCACACCACCCAGCAGCCCCACACGCCAAGGAGCUCCCAGCCUCUGUGAGCUGCCGUCAGAGACUGAAACACAUUAUGCUGAAAAUGUAAAUGGUGACAUGAUGGUACACGGUGGGGGUGGGAGCCUGUCGUCAGCCAAGGAGAUCGGGGCGGGGGGCCCUCUGAGGAGGGGACAUUUGAGCUGAGACCCAAAGGAGCAGAGGGAGCAAACGGGAGGAUUCCAGGCAACGAGAAGGGUGAAUGCAAAGGCCCUGUGGUCAGAACAAGCAGCAGGCUGUGAAGGACCCAGCUAGUGAGGAGCAUCAGCCAGGAGGUGCUGGGCCCCGUGGGGUCGGGCCAAUGAGCGGGCCCAGUUGGCACCCCGUGGGGCAUUUGCAGAAAGCUGGGCGGUGACCCUCAUGCUCUCUGAACCCCAAGCCGCCAGGUCCAGCCCAGAUGAGCUGGCCUUGGAGACAUCAUCCUUGUGCGGUGAUCUGAGGGCUAACAGAAAAGCCCAAAUGUGGUGACAGUGCAACCCCCUUUGGCCUAUGAGGGGCCUGGCACUGGAUGGAAAUAGCAUGCCCCUGAAGGAUGACGUGGAACAGGCUGUGGGAGGGGACCAGUGAGGCUAACGUGCUCCCCCAGAGCUGCUAGCAACGCUUGAGCCUGCAGGGGGAGGGGAAGGGCCGGGCGGUCUGGACCUCGGACAUUCGGCAUGCACCUGCUCUGGGGCCCCGCCCCUCACUGGCUGUAUCUCGAGACUACCACACAGGCUGGGGUCACCCCCGUCUGGCAGCAUAGGCUUGGUGACCUGUCCCGGGGGCGCAGGUCUGUCCCACCCCAAGUUCACGCUCCCUCUCUCCCGCUGAGGUGGGAGGCGUCGAGGAGAGGUGGGGGAUCCCGAUGCCCUGGGGUCGGGGUUCCCGGAUGGAACCGGAGGUCCCGGGCCCAGCACCCAAGUCUCCCUUCACCCCCCCCUGCCCCCGGGGUGAACUCCGCAUCUCUGGUUAAUGCUGACAUUUCUCUCCUAAUCCCUCGUGAGCCUCAAAUCACCAGAGGAGCAGGCCAUGUGAUCACGUGGGGCCUGUUGGUCAAGCCUGGCUGUAGAGUCUAGUGGACAGGGCUGGCCGGCCCCUCCUCCUGGCCCCAGGCUUACCUGCAGGCCGCCAGCCCUCCAAGGACACAGGAUCGGCCUUUCCCUCAUUCGUGCUGGGAAACUGCCGUGAGCCCAGACUCCACCUGCCCACGGGCUCUUAAAGCCCCAGCCCCCCACUCUGUAAAGGGGCCACCAUAGCCAUGCCUGCCUCGUAAAUGCACCUACCGCCCAAGCAGUACAGGCUGGGCCUCCCCUGUCACCCAGGGAGCUCCUGGAGCCCUUUUCUUUGGCUUCUGGAAUCCAGAGUCUAUCUCAGACCUUGAGGGCCCACAGGAGGCAUCUAGUCUGAUCUUACCCAAUGCUUCAAUCCCUGUUUCAGCUGUCAUACCCCUAAGAGCAGGGAGCUUACUCCUCCACAGGUCCCUCUGCACACAUAGCCUUUAAGGAUAUGCUGCCCCCACCCCCACCCCAAUGUCAGGGCAGAACAGAGAAGCCCCAGGCGUCCUGACCCCUGGGUCCACACGGCUGUGGGAGGAGGGGCCCAGGGUGGGGCCAGAGCCAUGCGCUGAGCUGGCUCCCCUGAAAGGGUCUGCUGUAAAGGGAGUAGGGCUCAGGCUGCCAGACAGCUGUGACCUGGGCUUGAUGAAGGCAGGCUGUCCGAGGGGAACACCAGCUCUUUUUUGCCAUUCUCCCGUUCAGGUGGCGGCUGUGGACCAGGGUGACAUAGGACACCUUUGUGCAAGGGGCUGGCGGGGAUGGGCUGCGGCUGGCACGACAGACAGCGUUCUCUCGGGAAACAGCCACUCACCUCCACCCCCGACGGGGGCCUGCCCGGCGCUCUCCUCGAAUAGCUUUUCAAGGACGCCUACACCGCUCUUUGCCAUCAGGCCCUGCCGUGUUGCAGAUUUCUCGCCUUGGGGGCCAGCUGGCCACUGUCUAACGUGCCCUCCCCGUGUAGUCAAAUAUUUUUAAAAGUUCCCAUUUCACUUUGAGCAGGAAAAUUGCUGCCCUGCCAGUAAAUGAUAUUUACAAGCAGGCUCAGCCUCACGGAUGCUGUUUGUUGCUUUAUGACCAAACACACAGAAAAGGAAAUCAUUUGUAACCAUUGUUAACCUGGGCAACAUAAAAACAAGGCUUGGGCUGGCGGGACGUGGGCGGUGGGAAUCUGGGAAGCUGGGGUGGGGGGAGCAGGGGAGGUGUGCACACGUCCCCUCCUUCCCCCAGCGCGUUGCCCAGAAUGUCCACGGGUGGAUCAGACAGGCUGAUGGCAUGUCCCCACCCCGGGACCACUCGGGUUCAGUCAGCCUGUGGCAGGGCCUUGCCGUAAAGUCACCAAGGCCACCCCGAAGAACAGAAAAGCGUAAUUCAAUUAACGAAGAGCUUGGUGAUGCGCGGGGGGCGUCAUCCCUGUGUGCAGGGGUGGGUGCCUGCCUCAGAGUUGGCCUCAUUCCUGUGAGGUGUGGGCAUUAAGGGGGGGGUCCAGCUUCCAGUUCCUUUCGGCCAGCUCCUUUCUGAAGUUCCAGUGCUUCAAAAACCUCAGCAUGUGUUACUUUUGUAACAAAGAGAACCGCCAUCUUCCAGAAGAGGAACCCGGGACGCAGAGAAGGCGAGAGGCUGCUCUGUGCCCAGGGCCUUCUCAUGCACUCGCUCGCUCGCUCGCUCACUUACUCCGUGUCUGGGAGGCCCAGCUCCCCAGCUCUAAAAUGGGAAUGUUCGCCCAAGAGACUCUCAAGACACAAAAUGCUACGCGGGAGGGAGGAAGGGACGUUGGCCGAGGCCUGACCAACGAAGGGCAAGUCUCUGGUCCUGUAGGUCCGCCCAGGAAAAGGAUGCGGAUGCGGACAGCCCCCGCCCGAAAAUCCCUGCCCGGCUUCAGAGCAUCCCCGGCUGGGCGAAAGGAGACCCUGAGGCCCGCAGUAGAGCGCGGGGCGGUGAACGGCUCAUGUCGGAUCCCGGCCUGGAACCUCGCGCCCCGCGUCUCCGCAGACCCCCACCCUGCCCCUCGUUCCCCGUUCCCCGCUCCAGCCGGGAGAGCGGCGCCUGCGGCCUGCCUGCUGCGCCCGCGGGGCCUCUGCUGCCCUCUGGCGGCCAGAGCGCGCAGCGCCGACCUCGGCGCCAACGCUGCCUCCGGGAAACAGGAGCGCGCUUGCAGACGGGAAGGGGGCUUCGGCGGGGGGCUGGUUCUCCGUACGGUGGAGAGAAGGUGGGUACGCAAGGGCCUGCGCAAGGGGCCUAGCCCUGCUUAGCGCCUGCGAUCAAGCCGCUGCUAUGACUGGACUGCUGUUGUUACUCUCCGGAUAAACUGAGGCCCAAAGAAGAGUGAGUGUGAGCGUGCGGGUCUGUGUGGGUGCGCGUUUCGGGUGGGGUCCUUGCCCCAAGCCACGAAGGGUCAGAGGCACAGCCGGGACUACAGACCCGACGCCCUUGCGGCUGCUGGGCCCCGCGCGGUGGAAAAACGGGUCU